UGACAACACACCCCUUCCUCCUUCCCUUCUGUGCCCCCCAAACCCAAAGGCGAGAAAAAUAUUUCAUAAUCCGCUAUCUCUCUGAUAACUUCUUCCUCUUUUCCCUUCUCCAUCACAACAUCAAACACCUGUGUCUCCGCGCAACGCCCCGUCGUCUGUCUAAUCCCAACCUCGUUUCUAGGGCACGAAGCUACCCUGAUCAAACUCCUCCUUAUUGCACCAGAGUUCUACCUGUUCAACACGCAGUCACCGUUUUCGAACGCUCCACCACCACAGGUCCAAGUUCGAACGUCAUACUCAACCUAACCACCAAACCCAUCCACCAGCCGCCAACAUGUCUACCGCCAACACCAACAACGCCAACGUGGACGCUGCCGUUAAUGACGUCGCCAACGCUCUGAGCAAUACCUCCAUCAGCAACAAGCCUGCCGAUGACAAGACGGCCGCCAACGAGGCUGCCUCAGCCAGUGCUGCUGAGGGCCGCCGCCUCUACAUUGGCAACCUGGCCUAUGCGACAACUGAGGGGGAGUUGAAGGAUUUCUUCAAGAGCUACCUUGUUGAGUCUGUCUCGAUCCCUAAGAACCCCCGUACCGACCGCCCCGUUGGCUACGCCUUCGUCGAUCUUUCUACUCCCACUGAGGCCGAGCGUGCCAUUGAGGAGCUCUCCGGCAAGGAGAUCCUGGAGCGCAAGGUUUCCGUCCAGCUCGCUCGCAAGCCUGAGCCUGCUGGUGAGAAGUCGGAGGGUGCUAAUGGUGAUGGCUCUGGUGCUGAGGGCUCUCGCCGCCGAGCUUCUGGACGUGGUCGCGGUCGCGGCCGUGGCCGUGGAGGCCGCACCGCCCGCGCUGGCCGUGAGGGUGCUGAGAAGAAGGAGGGCGAAACUACUGAGGCUGUUGCUGCCACCGAUGACGCUGCCACCGCAGCCGCUGCCGCACCUGCCACCACUGAGACCUCCAAGACCCAAGCUCGCCCCCAGCGUGAGCGCCGUGAGCGUGGUCCCCCCGCUGAUGGAAUUCCUUCCAAGACCAAGGUCAUGGUUGCUAACCUGCCUUACGACCUGACCGAGGACAAGCUUGUUGAGCUUUUCAAGGCUUACGAGCCCUCUUCUGCCAAGAUUGCUCUCCGACCUAUUCCCCGAUUCAUGAUCAAGAAGCUUCAGGCUCGUGGCGAGGCCCGCAAGGGUCGUGGCUUCGGUUUCGUUACUCUAGCUUCUGAGGAGCUUCAACAGAAGGCUGUUACUGAGAUGAACGGAAAGGAGAUUGAGGGCCGUGAGAUUGCCGUCAAGGUUGCUAUUGACAGCCCUGAUAAGACCGACGAGGAACAGCACGAGGGUGAUGCUACCAACGGCCAGAAGGAGAACAUUCCCACCACUGAGGCUGCCCCUGUGGCUGCCCCUGCUACUGGCGCCGCGGCUGCAGCCCCUGCUGCCACCAAGGCUGCCGAGGCCACUCCUGCCUCUACCACUCCCGCCACUACUGCCUAAGUAAAGGCACGGCGCGAGUUUCACGGACAUGAACCUCGUACUAUGUCAUGAUGAUUACUCUAACGAUUUGGGCAUGCGAUUUCAACGAUUUCUCUUACAGUAGAUUCUCGCUACAACGAUGAAAAGAAAGAUUGAGGUUUUUCCACCUUACCUGAGUUUUUUUUUGGGGGGACAUAGGCGAGAGCAAAUCGAACUCUGAUGAAUCUCGGGAUUGGGUCUACUUUGUCAACCUUUACUUUUCACAUCAAAACACUAAUAUUUCCAUGAUCGGGACACAAAAACAUUCACGAGCCCUCUGUUAUCUUGUAUUUGUAUCACCUUUUCUCUAACUCACUACUGCUGGGAUGUACACUAGUUUGCACCGACGCGGGUGGAAAGGGAGAAAAGUUUAGCGCUAUCAUGAAUGGGCAUUCGUUGAAAUUAUGAAGUGAUUUACGUGACUGUCGAUUGACCAUGAUCCACGGUGUUGGCGAGUUGCGAAAAUAGUAAUCGUACAUGACAAUGCACACUUGAUGAUAACCCGAUAGAGUUGUGGAUCCUAGUGUUGCAGGGUUCGUGGAUUUGGUUUUGGUUGUGGCCUGCUUGACCUUGACUUGACUUGAUGGGUAGUUGAAAUGCGUUUGCUGAAGGGCACCCACCAUACACAGUUCAGGAUGAGGUAUUG